GCGUGGUUUGGAGUUACCUGGGAUGAAGAAAACUGCUGCCUUGUAGAUGAUGCUGAAAUAAGAUCAAUGAGCAAACAGGUGUUGAGCGCGACUAGGCGAACAAAACGGGCUUUGUCCUUGCGCAGUCAUCCGGGGUAGAGACCGUUUUAGCGUGUGCCUUCUCUCGUACUACGACCAAUUAUUGCUGUCAAUCUGAGGCAUGCUGAGGUUAUAAAGCCCAUGUUCUAAGAAUAACUGCAUCCCUCGACCUGUCCUCCCCCCUGCUGCAGAACUCAGCUAGGAUGGCUGACGACCCCACCAUGAGAUCUGAAGUGGAGGAGCUACAGAGGAGGGCAAAUCAGGUGACAGAUGAGUCCCUAGACCUCACAAGAAACAUGAGGCUUCUCUUAGAAGAGAGUAAAGAUGCUGGAAUCAGGACACUUGUUAUGCUGGAUGAGCAGGGAGAGCAGCUGGAGCGGAUUGAUGAAGGGCUGGACCAGAUCAACCAGGACAUGAGAGAAGCUGAGAAAAACCUUUCAGACCUGGGCAAAUGCUGCGGUUUGUGCUCAUGUGAUAAGCUAAAAGACUUUGAAGCAAGUGGGGCCUAUAAGAAGGUAUGGGGUAAUAAUCAGGAUGAGGUGGUAUCUAGCCAGCCCUCUUCCCGAGUGGUGGAUGAGAGAGAGAAGAUGACCAUGAGCGGUGGAUAUAUCAGAAGAGUGACCAACGAUGCCAGGGAGGAUGAAAUGGAGGAAAACUUGGCCCAGGUAGGCAGUAUCCUUGGCAACCUCAGAAGCAUGGCACUUGACAUGGGCAAUGAAAUCGACACUCAGAAUGUCCAGAUUGAACGCAUACAGAGCAAGGCCAUAGUCAACGAGUCCCGCAUCAGUGAGGCCAAUCAGAGGGCCACAAAGUUAAUAGCAAGAUAAAAACAUGGGAGAGAGUCUAUGAUUUGUUAAGCACGUUUAAAACGUAGGAACAUGUGCACACAACAUGAUACAAAUUAUUAAGCCAUAUGUCCCUUUAUAUAAUUAUUUAUGUAACUUGUAUUUCUGCCUAUUGAUAUGACUACGUUUUUUUAUUUAUGUUCUGAGAGCAUAGCUCAAUAAAAAUGGAAUGAAUAGUAAUAUACGGUCACUAGUCUGCAUUAUCUUGUGCUGUAUGUUUAAUUUAAGCAUACUGUAUAAAAAGCUGUUAGACUGCUAUCUUGUUCUUUUUACCAGACCUGUAGAACAUGAGUUAUCACUCUCACUGACAAAACAGUGUCUUAUAUUGAUAAUUGUAAUUUUUUGUCUGCUUUGAGUAUUUUUUUUUUAUUUUUUUUUAUUUUUUUUUAUAAAUAAAUGCAUUUUUAAAGUAAAUAAAAGGGUGCUUAUGUUCUUCAAAUACAGUGAUAUACUGGCGGCUACAUUUUGGAAUAAUGUACAGAUUUUGCUGUUUCGGAAGGAAAUUGAUACUUUAAUUCAGCAAAAUGGCAUUCAACUGAUCACAAAGUAUAAUCAGGACACCAUCACUAUUUGAAAAAUAUAAUUUUUGAUCAAAUCUAGACAGGCCCCAUUUCCAGCAGCCAUCACUCCAACACCUUAUCCUUGAGUAAUCAUGCUAAAUUGCUAAUUUGGUACUAGAAAAUCACUCCAUUAUAUCAAACACAGUUGAAAGCUAUUUGGUUUGUUAAAUAAAGCUUAACAUUGUCUUUGUGUUUGAGGAGAUGACUUCCAGACGGCUGGGGAACCUGUCGAGUUAUGGCAGAAAAUGGGGCAGUUAUUUGUCUCAUUUGGAGAGGUCCUAGUGUGGGGCAGUGGAGGGAGACACAUUUUUAUUUAUUUUUUCCUAUAUGUUGAACUUUGUCUUUUUUUUUAUGUACUAUUUGUGUGUCUGUUUAUA